GCCCAUCACGCUGUGACGACAGCGGCGCGCGCCCGGUGGCGGGAGUUGGCGCGAAGGUUGCGGGGAGCGGGGUGGGCGGAAGCCAUGGAGUCGGAGGCGUCCCGCUAGCGAGGUCACCAACGCCGCCGCCGCCAGCAGUAUGGAUAUCCGGAAAUUCUUUGGAGUUGUGCCUCAUGGAAAGCAGCAGGAGUGCCAGGCUGUGAAAAAGAGUGAGAAGAUAAAAAAUGGGGAAGGAGAAUCGAGUGGGAAGAAGAGGGGAAAGGAAACAAAGGUGAAGAGUUCACCCAGUGAAGAUGUUCCCAAACAAAAGCAGGCGUACAAGAAAAAAAGAAUAAUCUAUGAUUCAGAUUCAGAAGAGGAGGUGCAGUCUGUGAAAAAAAGCAAGAAGGCAUCAGAGAAGAAAGCAGCUACUCCAAAACUUGGUCAAGUUCUAAAGCAGCACCCUGUUGUCUAUGUUUCAGAGACAGAUGAGGAGGAUGACUUUGUCAACAAGAGAAUUUCCCUGAAACCUAAGGAGAAUGGGACAUCAGCAAUCAGUUGUCCAGGAACAGCAGCAGUGAAAAAAGGAGAUGUAAAGCCACAGGCUAAAACCAAACCAUUAUCUCCAGUGAAACUGACUCCCACCUCAGCUCUUGAUUACUUUGGGACAAGAAGUGUCCAGCGGUCAGAAAAGAAACUGGUAGCGAGUAAAAGGAAGGAACCUUCACAAAGCGCAGACAGCACACUAGAUGAUGAGGCCAUUGCUAGGCAACUGCAGCUUGAAGAAGAUUCAGAGCUGGAGAGACAGCUGCAUGAAGAUGAAGAAUUUGCUAGAACUUUGGCAAUGUUGGAUGAAACACCACAGAAGAAAAAGGCCCGGAGAGAUUCGGAGGAGCAAAGGGUGUUGAGCAUCAAGAGCAGUCCUCAUGUGACAGGAAGAUACAAACAAUCCCAUAGAGCGAAAGCAACAAACUCGGCAGCUGAAGUAAAAGAACAAACUAAAUCUGAAAAUUCAAGAGAGCCUAACUUACAUCCACAGUCAUCUGAUGGUGAAAUAGCAAGGGCAGUGAUGGAGAAAACCUUGCCUUUGAAACCUACCUCGAAGCUUGUGGCUCUAAAACAGAAGGAGGAGACUACUAAAAAGGAAAGUGGCACUCAAAAUUUACUAUCAAAAGAAAAAAAUGCUAUGGGGAAAGAGGAGAAAAGAACACCCAAGAAGGAGAAAAUUUCUCCCAAGAAGACUGAGUCUAUAAGUCCUGAGGACUCUGAAAAGAGACGAAGCAACUAUCAAGCCUACAGAAGCUUCCUCAAUCGCGAGGGUCCGAAAGCUCUGGGUUCCAAAGAGAUACCUCAAGGAGCUGAAAACUGCUUGGAAGGCCUGACAUUCGUAAUUACAGGAGUUCUGGAGUCCAUUGAAAGAGAUGAGGCCAAGUCUCUGAUUGAACGUUAUGGAGGAAAAGUGACUGGCAAUGUCAGCAAGAAGACAAACUAUCUGGUUAUGGGACGAGACUGCGGGCAGUCUAAGUGUGAGAAGGCGUCAGCUUUAGGGACAAAAAUAAUUGAUGAGGAUGGCCUAUUUGAUCUUGUUCGAACCAUGCCAGGCAAGAAGUCCAAGUAUGAGCUGGCAGCUGAAACAGAGGCAAAGAAGGCAGAAUCAAGACAGAAAAAGACACCACAGAAAACAGAGUCUGGCAAAAGGAAUUUUAGUCCUCUCAAAAGGGAAGCUGACAGGAAGAAAAGUAAUCGUACACCUGAGAAGGGAGGUACCUUCAGAUCUGUCGCGAAAGAAGCUACUGCCAUUCGAAAGCUUAAGGACUUUGAACAUCAAACUGUGGUGAAGAAAGAAGCCCCCAAACAUAAGGGGACUCUGGUUUCUGAGAGCAGUGAAAAUAAAACAGAGGCAUUACUAUGGGUAGAUAAAUACAAGCCUGCAUCUCUCAAGGCGAUAAUUGGACAGCAGGGGGAGCAAAGCUGUGCCAAUAAACUCCUCCGAUGGCUCCGAAGCUGGCACAGGAAUACCUCAGAAGAUGGACAAGGUGCAAAGACCAACAAAUCUGGAGGCAAAGAUGAUGGUUCUAGUUUUAAAGCAGCAUUGCUCUCUGGUCCACCUGGAGUUGGUAAAACUACCACAGCUUCUUUAGUUUGUAAGGAACUGGGGUACAGCUACGUGGAGCUGAAUGCCAGUGACACUCGAAGUAAGAACAGUCUAAAGGAAGUAGUUGCUGAAUCGCUGAACAACACCACCAUCAAAGAUUUCUGUUCUGGCACAUCCUCAUCAGUUAGUGGGAAACACGUAUUGAUCAUGGAUGAAGUGGAUGGUAUGGCAGGCAAUGAAGACAGAGGAGGGAUUCAGGAACUGAUUGGUUUGAUUAGACACACAAAGAUCCCCAUCAUCUGUAUGUGUAACGAUCGAAACCAUCCGAAAAUUCGUUCCCUGGUCCACUAUUGUUUUGAUCUUCGUUUUCAGAGACCUCGUCUGGAACAGAUUAAGGGUGCCAUGAUGUCUAUUGCAUUUAAAGAAGGUUUGAAAAUUCCACCCCCUGCUAUGAACGAGAUAAUCCUGGCAGCAAAUCAAGACAUCAGACAGGUUUUGCAUAAUCUCAAUAUGUGGUGUGCAAAAGACAAAUCACUGACUUACGAUGAGGCCAAAACAGGCGCCGGCAGAGCCAAAAAGGAUAUCAGACUGGGCCCUUUCGAUGUUGUCCGGAAGGUUUUUGCUGCUGGAGAGGAGGCUUCUCGUAUGUCUCUUAUAGACAAAUCAGAUCUCUUCUUCCAUGACUAUUCCCUAGCACCUCUCUUUGUCCAAGAGAACUAUGUGCAUGUGAAACCUGCUGCUGCUGGAGGAGAUCUGAAGAAACACUUGAUGCUCUUGAGUAGAGCUGCUGAUAGUAUAUGUGAUGGUGAUCUGGUGGACAAACAGAUUCGUACCAAGCAGAACUGGAACCUUCUACCGACACAGGCUAUUUAUUCGAGUGUUCUUCCUGGGGAGCUGAUGAGAGGUUACAUGUCCCAGUUCCCUGUCUUUCCCAGCUGGCUGGGGAAAUUUUCAUCUACGGGCAAACACGAACGUAUCAUCCAAGAACUGGCAAUGCACAUGAGCCUGAGAACCCAGGCAUGCAAGAGGACAGUAAAUAUGGAAUAUUUGUCUCAUCUGCGCGAUGCACUCAUCCAGCCACUGACCGCCUUUGGAGCAGAUGGGGUACAGGAUGCUAUAGCAUUCAUGGACUCCUACUGCCUGAUGAAAGAAGACAUUGAAAACAUAAUGGAAAUAAGCAUGUGGGGAGGUAAACCCAGCCCUUUUUCAAAGUUGGAUCCCAAGGUCAAGGCAGCUUUUACACGUGCCUACAACAAAGAGGUGCAUCUGACUCCAUAUUCCCUUCAUUCUGUGAAGAUGUCUAGACGGCAGUCAGGAUCCAUGGGGACCUCUGAACUGAACGAAGAACUGAAUGUGGAAGAGAUCCAAUCUGAGGAGGAGGAGCAAGAUACUGUUGAAAGUGAUGCAAUGAUCAAGCAAAAAAAGGUGAAGCCUUCCAAGCUGCCAAAAAGAGAGAAAAAUGAAGAAACAACAAAAAAAGAAGGUAAAAGAAAAGAGAAAACAAGACAUUAAAGAGAAUAAUCUUGCUCUGGAGGUGACUUUGUUUAUCUAACUUCUGUCAGGAACAUUUAACUGAUCUGGUGAUACAGAACCCGUGCAUUGACAGUGCUCCUCUUAUAGAGGUGCUGUAGCUCCUGUUCUCACACGGGGCAGUGCUGUAUGUUACAAGCCAUAACUACUCUUGUAGAACAGGCACCAGGGAGCACGAACAUGAUGCAAAUGUGGAGUGCUGUUACCUGGUGUUUAUGCAAGUCUUCACAGGGCUGUUUUUAUAAUAAAUCCUCUGUUAUUAUGUACUGAAAUCUUGUAAAUAGUAAAUCCUAAUCUGCACAUUUGUACAUUAUAGCAAUUAAGCAGUGUAUAGAAUUACAAUAAAAUGUGUUUCACAGGAGGUUUCUAUUUUUGCUGAAGGCGCAGCAUGUUCUGGCAGAGGUUCUGACUUUCCUGCAUCUAUCAGGCUUUUUUUUUUUUUUAAUUAACUGAUCCCACAGCCAUAGAAAAGCAAAGCCGAGAGGGAUUUAGUUCCAGAAUUUGUAGUGUUUAAAUUUUACAGCUGCAAUCAAAGCCAGAACAAAAUACCUAAAAACUUAAGAACUGUUUAACAGAAACUAAAACGAUAAGAGCUCAGAAUUGAUGUUGAAUAUGGGAACAAGGGCAAAGGAAGCAAAACAAGCAAACAAAAAAAACAAAACAAAAAAAAAACAAAAGCAGCAAGCAAUACUCUCUGUGUACUUAAGGGCAAAUGUUAAAUCUGCACCUCAACAACC